AUGGAGGCGCGGGUGCUAGGGCUGGAGGAGGAUGAGGAGGGAGUCGGGGGAGGACAAACGAGCCAGAGCAGCGUCUUCAAAAGAGAACCACAAGACGACAGCGAUGGUGGAGGAGGAGGACAGCCGGACUUGUACGAGAAUGACCAGUCCAUGCACGGACGUGGCGGGGAAUCAAGGAGGGCAGAGGGUGCUAGCGUGUCGCUGCCAUUGAUGGAAGGAGGAGUUCGGAAAAAGGAGGUCUUGCUAUUUGAUGAAGUCGGAUCCACCUACAUGUGCAUCAUCAACGAGGGCAACGAGGAGAUUCUAGAGUAUUACAGACCGCAAUGCCAAGCCUCUGAACACCACGAAGCCGGUGUUCCCAAGACGGUGCCAUGGGCUGGGCCGUCGCUGGUGGUUUACACGCAAGGGAAGCAGGAGAUAGGGAAAGGUGGCGUCUACAACAAGCCGACGAGAAAGUACUACCAAUGGUGCUCUGUUUGUUGCGGAGUGUCCUGCGCAAAGGCUAUUAUGGGAUGUACGAAAGCGAAAUGUUGGGUUGCUCCGAGGAAGUGGAAGAAACACUGCGGCUCACAGACACAUAUGAGCGCUCUUGACCAAGUGCACGGGCAUUUCCGAGCUGGAAACAUGGAGGGUGCAUGGCGAAGCACCGGCAUGAAUGCGCAAUACCUGCAGCAUCCUGUUAUGCUGCAGGAGAGCAAUGAUCCAUAUUACAAUGCAGAGUGGCCGGCCAACCGGGGGUCCAUGUGGCAGGAUGCUGGGAAACACCUUUCAAGUCAGGUUUCGAAUGAUGUCAUGCAAAAAUCUCUGGUUCCUUUUCAGCGAAACGAUGCCGAAGGCCUGAGGCUCCAGCAAAUACAGUAUAUGAACUUCACGAGUGGGUUCCUCAAUGCAACCGGCUCAGUGCCGAUGCAGGGAUAUGCCGGAGUUAUGUCACAGGUCAGUUUCGAAGAUAGUCUACGAGCGCAUGCACAUUCAAAGCAUUUGGAAAUGGCAAAGAUAGAGGGGGCACGAAACCGAUUUGUUGAGGCCAUGCCUGAUGUUCCAGCUGGUCAAGUGUAUCCUCAAAAACAAGGAAAUCAACAGAUUCCAUCAAAUUCAGUUCCAAUUCCAAGCAAUGGCUUCACGGGCUAUCCCUUCUUGGAUCAAACUAGCUGCAGCCAGGAGCCAUCAUGCAAUGCUUCUCCCAGUAACAGUAACUUGGCUGACAUCCAGCCCUUCGAAGCAAGAACAGGUAGCUUUGCCGAGUCCCGUGCCGAGGGACGCGUCGACUCACUCAAUCGCUUUCUAAAGGAUUUCGCUCAUGACGAGCUAAAUGAAAGCGGCAUUGACAACAGCGACACACAGGCGUGGAUGCAAGUUCUCAACUACGUCGAUGAACUUGACGAAAAGGAUGUCGGGUUGAUGAAUCCCAUGAACUUUUCUCCAACUCCGUCCGUAGAGAACAAACCUCAUGAGGCCAUGAAUGUUGUACAAGCAGAGUCUUCAAACAGGGCAACGAAUUCAUGUCCGGGGAAAAGAGAGUUGAUUGCGAUGAACAGCUGCGAAGACUCGACUAUGGCUUACGCUGAGGGGUCAAGCACCGCGAGCGAUCAUUGUCACCAAGAGAACAAGAGAGCACGACUGGAGGUGGCGAGCGGACAGAAGGAAGUGCUCCUUGUCUUUGAUGGAGACCUUGCAACUUGUGAUAGGAACGUGAUUUCGAACAAGCUGACCCGGCUGAAACGACUGCUGACAAAACGGUUUGAAGCAAGAGGCGCGUCGGCCGUUGAUGGGGUCGCUGCUUCCGCUCUUCAGCUCCUCACUAGAAUAUUGAUUGCGGUCCCUUCCGCUCCUUAUCCGUUGCCGUCUGAAAGAAUACGAGUCAUGCUGGCGACUCCUAUCUCUGCUGAAAUAGAGGCAAGACUGCGCAACGAGAUUUUGCAAGUCUGUUCAUUUGUGUCGGAUCUCGUUCUGGAAGAGCAGCAUGUACGGUUCGUGCAGAUGAUGCUGGAAGAGGAAUCGUCUCAGGAGGAGAGUUCGAGUGCAGCGGGACGCUCACACCCGGGAGGGAUGCAGGUUGUGGUUGUCGGCUUCAACCAUGGAUAUCAGGAGGAGCAGAGGAUUGACGAGAACGCGUUAAGCGAGAUCUGCCAACCAGAGUCUGUCACCUGGUCCCUCUGUGGUACUGAGAUCAGCAUCGGAUGGGUUCAGCGAGACAUGCAGGAGGAGGCUCCCGACAAGCCACGUGACACUUGUGGGCACGUGGUGGUAUGCAACGCGUCGCGUCGAGAUUCCUGCAUCACCAUGUUCUACCCCUCUCAGCUCGCUGCUUUCUUUGCAGACUCUUCGUUGCACAAAGCGUUUGAGUCCAGCGGGUUUCUCGGGAAGAUGUUAUGCGGGGACGUUGGGGAGAUUCGGUUCCUGGAGUGGAAGCAAGGAAGUGUUCGCGUCCCCUGCUGGAUGCCCGGGUGGAUUGCACAUCACCUAUGGAAUCUGUUCCGCACUGGGGACGAGGAGCUUGUUAGGUGCAUGUUCGAGGCCCCUCAUGAGCUGAAAUUCAUCGAGAUGGAUGGUUGGGCUAUGGGGGAGAGCUCGGUGUCUCCGAUCUCUUCCUGGAUUCCGAGCGCGUACACGCAAGGGAAGGAGAACAAGGGGAAACAGAUCGCUGUAAAUUGCGGCACCAGCCAGUACCAUCGCAUACACAAGACGUGCGGCCUCUCUCAGUCAUCUCUGCUUGCAUCGUCUACAAUGAUAGAGGUCAAACAGUAA